UCGGAGAGGAUGACAGUUUCACACCGGAGUCAAGGCAGCGCGACCCGGGACAACGCCCUCCGACAUAUCAGUGCUCUCGCCGUGUUUUUCAGCCAUGUCUUCCGGGACGCGGUGGCUUCAGGUGUCGCUGCUCCUCUGCUGCCUGCACACCUGUCUGACGCAGGAAGAGCGAGGCUUCACUGGCCCAGAGACUACUGAUGGCGUGCUGGCCCUCAAGCAGGCCAAGAAGGUCCUGACCAGUGGUCUCACAACAGUUUUCUUCCCAAUCGUCUACAUCAUUGUGUUUGUCGUGGGACUGCCCUCCAACGCUCUGGCCGUCUGGGUGUUCCUCUUCAGGACCAAGAAGAAGCACCCGUCGUCCAUCUACAUGGCGAACCUGGCCCUGGCUGACCUGCUCUUCGUCAUCUGGAUCCCCUUGAAAAUCGCCUACCACUUCAAUGGGAACAAUUGGAUCUACGGGGAUGGGCUGUGCAAAGUGCUGGUGGCCUUUUUCUACGGCAACAUGUACUGCUCCAUCUCCUUCAUUGCCUGUAUCAGUGUCCAGCGGUACUGGGCUGUGGUGGACCCCUUGUCCCAGCGGCAGAGGAGCAAUGGCCUCGCUGUGACCGUCUCUGCAGUGAUCUGGCUGGUGGUCUGGCUCCUCACCAUCCCCCUCUACCUGUACGACCAAGAAGUCCGUGUACCGAAUCUCAGCAUCCGGACUUGUCACGACGUCACCAGGCCCAGCCAGAGGAAAAUUGCUGCAGGUUACUUCCUGACCAUGGGGACGGUGGGGUUCGUCGUCCCCACGGUGGUGUGCAUCAUCUCCUACGUCCUCACGCUCAAAGCUCUCAGAAACAGCAUGGAGGACCCCAACAUCUCCAAGAAGCGGCGGAAGGCCGUGGUCCUGAUCGUCACGGUGCUGGUGAUGUUCUUGGUGUGCUUCACUCCCAGCAACAUCAUGCUGCUGGUGCACUACAUCCUCCUGCUCAGCGAGCGUCCCAACAACCUGUACGGCUUCUACAUCACCACGCUGUGCCUGGCCAGCCUCAACAGCUGCCUGGACCCCUUCGUCUACUACUUCAUCUCCGAAGACUUCAGGGAUCACGUGAAGAACACGUUUCUGUGCCGCAGCGAGAGGACGGUGGAGAGGAUGAGGGUUUCCUUCAGCGCUCUGAAAUACUCCAAAAAGAGCAACAGCUAUACAUCAAAGUCUGAGAACACACAGAGCACCGAGUGCUAGAGGGUUUUACCCUUUUUAAGAUUGUUUUUGAACCUCAGGUAUGAAAGGAAGUGAAUACUCAGGUUUGUUUUUGACUUCCUGGAAGUUUUAAGUUUCUGAUUUUUAACUUGCUUGACAUUUUUAUUCAUAUUUUAUUUGAUGUGCGUUUCUUAAAGCAGUCAUCUGUUUGACUGAGUGUGAAUGAUUGCUUUAUUUUACCAGUCUGUAUUUUUUUUUUAUUAUUAUUAUCCAUGAUGAAUUCAUUAGGUCUUAAAUGUGAGACAAAUGUGUGUGUGUAUAUAAGUGAGACAACAAAUGAAUGCCUGUAAAAAGGUUUGUUAAUAAAAAUGAAUGGACUUGCUAAUCGUUUUUCCCACUUGACAGCAGUGGUUAUCAAAAAGUAGCCAUUAUUAAUCUGGGCCUUAGGCCUUUCUUUCUGAGUGUGCAUGUGUGAGUUUUCUCCAGUUCCUCCAGUUUCCCCUCACACUCCCAGACUCAUUUUGAGCCUUUCUAUGUAGAGUUUGCACACUUCUCUCUCUCUAUGUAUGUUUCCACUGGUUGCUCAGACUUUCUCCCACAUCCCCAAAAAAUGUGUUUCACUUCUGUCUAUAUUAUGCUUUUAUAUGUGAACAUGUGUAUGUGUAAGUAAUCUACUGCAGAACCUAUCAAAUAUAUUUAUAUACAAGAAGUAAAUUUGUAUAAGUGUUUACAUUUCCAUUCAGCGCCUAUCGGGUUGAAUGGCCAACAUACCAAAGUAACUACAUGGACGGUGACUUUUCACUUGGAGAUUUUCAAGGAAGGCAUAUCCUACUAAAAAGCAGGAAAAAUUAUAAGUUAAGGUGCUAUUCGAACACAUUCAACACUUCUUAAAUUUUCACACGAAAUGUGUGUUUUCUUUUUCUAAAACACACUGGUCUUCUCAUUUUUUUUCAUGCUGCACACAUUUAUAAACUGCUUUGCAUUCAGGUAGUGACUGAAAGCUGUCAGACACUUUUACAUGUCAUGCUGGUUGUUCCUUUUUUUUUUUAAAGCAGCAUGCACACGUUUAACCUUUGCUCUCACACGUGGUUCAGGCAACUCUUCCUCAGAUGAACCAGACAGCCUGAACUUGUCUCGCGACUUCAGUGUGAGCAGCGUUUCAGAUGAGAUUUCACCCGUAUUUUUGGUUAAAAUGUAAUUUGAUCACCACCACAUGAGUGAAAGCCCAAUAAAUAUCAGAAUGUACAGUGGUUAUUGAUGCUUAUUUGAGGCUGGGGAAAAAAAAUCCACAUCGCAACCAUCUUCAAGAAAACUCCAUGGAAUCGGUACUGGUGCAAAUACUGGGGACUGUAACAUCUACAGGAGUUUUUUCACUGAAAUCUUUAUUUUGAAUUGUCACACUUGAUAAUAUCACCGUUGAGACAAAUGGUGUGAUUACUGUGAAGCCUUAUUUCAACUGACUUCUCAGAAGUCACAAAAAUACAAACGCAAAGAGGAAGUGACUAAAAUACUGUUAA